UUAUUUUAUUGUUAUUUACAGAAUGAGUAUGAAAAAAGGAUUCUUGAGAGGGACUCACAAGAGGCACAUGGAGAUGAUGUUUCUAGUCAUCAAUCUGACAACAUCAUCUUCUUAGAUGUUGUUGGAGGAGUAGACAAGAAGGGCCGUAUAUAUGGUUUGGGACCAGAAGCAGCAAAAUACAAGCCAUCUAGAUCUUCCACAUUUGACAGUAUCUCAUCAUCUGAAUAUGAACAAAUGAGGACUGUUAUUUCUGAUUUGUCUACUGAAAACAACACCCUUAAAGAGAAACUUAAGACUCAUGAGGAUUUGAUUCGUGCGUCGCAAGAAGACUCACGUUUGCUUAGAGAACAGUUAUUCCGAUUUAUGGAAAGUUUUUCAGCAGGUCACCAACCUCCACGUCCGGAUCAAAAUCCGUCUUCACCCAGUUCUUGAAAUACAAUACUAAAUUGUAGUGAACACACUUUAGUUUGUCAUCACUUAGUUUUAAAAACAAUGGUAGUAUUAUUUUCGCUGUGAUUUUUAAUUUUAAGAGCUUGUUUUGAACUAUUUUAGUUGUAAUAUUUAGUCUCAACAAAACAAUAUUAUGGUUUUAAU